AUUUCCGCUGAUCACAUCAUCAAGAAGUUAUAGAAAAAUUAUCUUUCAAUUAGUAUUCGUUUAUGUUUUUUUUUGUGCAAGUGCAUGCCAAUUUCUGAAAUUGUCAACAGGUUUUUUGAAAUCCUAAACCAAAUUUAUAUAGAAUAUUUUGAAAGAAUGUCGAAAAUGUGGAAAGGCGUUGAAAUGCCUCUAGUGAAAGGCAACCUAGUGAGUUUCCUCUUCAAAGACUCGCAUAAAUGGAAUCAUUUACAUGCAUUGGAAUGUGGGUACACCCGCCAAUCCCUAACGUACGGGGAGCUGCAACAGGCAGUAGGGAGAUGGGGAGCUUGGCUGACAUCCUUCAUGGGGGAGUCCAAUCCUUCCGCCGCCAGUCCUUCCUGCCACCAAUCCUUCGUGGUGGGGAAGUUCUCCCCCAGCUGCGUGGACGUGGCGGUGGUGCAGCUGGGGACUAUGGCCGUGGGGGCCGUGUACACGUCACUCAACAUUUCCUUUGGUCCCAGGGAGCUGAGUGCGCAGAUCGAGGAGACGGGCGCCGCCCUUCUGAUCACAACACCGAAGUUCUUCCUCCGCCUUCAGGAGGCCCUGGACAAACUGGGGCGCAAGAUCCCCGUCGUGUUGAUCGGCAGCGGGGAACUUGGGGACGUAGGGAACGGCCUCAACGUUGUGGGAACAUACAAAGAUAUUAUCAACGACCAGACGACUAAGCCUGUGGAACCUGUUGAGCUGAUGGGAGAUGAUGUGGCGCUGCUGGUGUACACGAGCGGCACCACCGGGAUGCCCAAGAGUGUGCAGCAUUCCCACAACUCCAUCAUCGCGGGGGUGCAGGCGAGUAUGCAUCCCCACUUCUGGCCGCAUCCUCCUACCACAAAUGAAAGCAACCAGACGCGCUCUCUGCUCAUGAGGGACUUCGGGUUUGCAUACGGGCUGUGUUCCGCCUUCAUGCCCGGGCUCGCCACGGGGAUGUGUCACAUCAUCAAAACUUUGGACGAUUACACUUUCCUGAGCGAUGUUGAAGAAUUUAGGAUCAACACAAUCGCGAUCGUGGUCCUGAAUUUCCCGACGGUGCUGCGUCUGGGCAGCGAGCGCCAGGAUUUGCUCCAGCAUUUCCGACACGUGCUUGUGGGUGGCGGCGCUAUCCCGCAGGCCCACGUCACCGCUGCGGCCAGCACCAUGCCUGGAGUCUUCGUCCAGAAAUGUUACGGCACGUCGGAGAUGUUCGUGAUAGCACAAGACCCUUUGGGCGGCGGCAAGCCAGGGUUCACAGGCAGCGUCUUCCCCAACGUUGAGCUCAAACUCAAGGAUCUCAACUCAACGGAGUUACUGCCCGCCAACCAAAUAGGAAUCCUAUUCAUCAAAAGCCCCAGCAAAAUGCAGGGUUACCGCAAUAACCUGACGGAGACUAAUAACGUCAUCGACGAGGAAGGCUGGUACAACUCAGGCGACGUGGCCCUCAUGGACGAGGACGGCUACGUCCAGGUCGUCGACCGCUUCAGGGAGAUCAUCAAAAUGGCGGACGGCCGCAAUGCUGCCCCAGCGGAGUUGGAGAACACGAUCCUGGAGAUGGAGGAGGUGAAGGAGGUGUGCGUCAUUGGGACGCUCGAUGCCAGCACAGGAUUUGACUCCAUUUACGUUUUCAUAGUAAAUAAAACGGACGUCUCUCCCCCCAUUAGCGAAGAAGACGUUGUAAAUUACGUCGUGCGGAGCCUCAACGAACUAAAGCGGCCUAGAAAAGUGGUUUUCAUGGACGCUUUGCCUCGGAACGACAACGAGAAGGUCGACCGCAAACUCCUGAGACUGAAAGCGAAGGAGAUGCAGAACGAGAAAUAAUUUUGGCUUGUACGAGGGUUCCUAUGUAAUAAUUACUAUGUUAUCGUAAUUAAUAUUGCAAAAGUCGAGCAGCCUAUGUCGGAACAUGCGAGGAGAAAAGGGAAUUGACCGUAGCUUCGAUACUGUGAAAAAAAAUUCGCAAUUAUAUGUAUGAGGGAAUAAUGAACGAUGCAGCGCCACUUAUGAUUUCACUUGGCUUAAUGGCUUACAGGCGAGUUGAUUUUAAAAUUUCCUGAUUGAGUUUA